AUGAGCACAGCGAGAACGGCAGACCUUGUUCUCGACCUCAACGGCCAGAACGAGCGCGUCAACCGGCUUUACACACACUUGACGUUCUGCUUUUCCCACUCGGACGAUUCGUCCUAUGACGCUUCCACCAUCGAGCAACUACUCAGGACCGCCCUCAACACACUAAGGUCCGCCCUGCCGUGGAUUGGCGGCCGCGUUGUCAAACGCGAACAAGAUGGACUGUAUGCGAUUAGAAUCCCCAACCGCGCUGACGGCCUUCCACAGGACCGGUUGACUGUGAAUGAGGAACUCGAUCUGAACUUUGAUGACCUCCGCGCAUGUGGAUUUCCCGCUUCACUUCUUCACGAAGACCGCCUGGCACCAUGCUCGACAUUCCUUGCCGAUAUUCCCGAGGACGGUGCACCCGUGUUCUUGAUCAAAGCGGUUCUGGUGAAGGGAGGUCUACUGCUUACACUCGCCGCCCAGCACGGCAGCAUGGACAUGACUGGUGGUAACCGGAUACAAACCUCAGCCGAUCAGCUUCAACCCACCAUAGCUCCACAAACGUCGAGAGACCAUGCUGGACCCUCCGCAGCACCAGACCCCGCCCCAGCAUGGACCACGUUCCGCCUACCAGCAACAGCUCUCACCACCAUAAAAGCAUCCGCCACCAAGGACAUCACCUCCGGCUUCAUCUCCACCGACGAUACGAUCACUGCAUUGGUCUGGCAAGCCAUAACACGUGCCACCACCCAUCAUCACAACCCUGCAGAACAAGACACGACACUCAUGCAGACCACACUAUCCCGCAACGUCGACCUGAGGCCCGCCUUGCACCUCCUCGCACCGGAAUCUAUCAUGAAUCAGCCGCUCGGUCGAACAGCACAGAGCCUUCGUACGGCACUGGACUCCGAGAAGCUGGUAGAGCAGUUUGACGCCCAGGCGGAGGAGUUCUGCGGAGCACGAGACAAUCAGCCCAUUCCAAAGCAGCCUCCAGCUACUGACCGAAAUUCGACGGGGAGGACUCUACAGGUCCGGGUCUCAUCGUGGGCUACAUACACUAAAGUCCACGAAUUCGAGUUCGGCCUAGGACUCGGCCCGCCUGUCGCGGUCCGGAGACCGGCAUUUAGGGAUGGAGCCAGAGAGGGCUUGGUCUACUUCCUCCCAAAGACCACUAGCCGCGCCAUCGACGUUAUGGUUUGUUUGCGACCCGCGGCUUUGAACGAGCUAAGAGAGCUCGUGGAGGAUCAUGGCGCAAUCUGGAUUGGCUGA